AUUUAGAACCACAGACUAUAUAUAAGGCGUCAUUUGGUAUCGGUUUCUUCCAGUCGUCAUGAAUGCAGCACCUGAACCCGGCAGCCAUGGCAACAUAUGGCGGCAGCCAGCUGACUGUAGGAGUCAUGCAAACAUUUACGUGAACAACUUUCUCGGCGUUUGUUUGAGAGAUAAGGUAGGUUAAACUCAUAAUUAGACAAGUUGUUGUAACUACUGUGUCAAGCGCUCGACGGGUAACUUUGGCAAGAUCAAAGUCAAAGUUUCACAGUCGAAAAAAAGACCGAGCGUCAACCGCAGUUAAGUUGAUAACUUAGCUAGCAGGCUAACUAAGCUGCUAGUUUGUGACUUUAACGCAUAUUUAUGGUAAGUAAGUUGCGUUCUCGUGAUGUGAACCACAGUAAGUUUGCGGGUAACCGGGUUAUACCACAGUUCGGUUGGUUGCGGGCUUAACGCGAGCGUAAGUGGUUCACGACCAUGUCCGGGGAACGUUCGCCUUUGCCAGCCGACGGGAACGGCCUGCUCCGCGGGAGCCGCACAAGAUCUUACGGCAGUUUGGUCCGGUCUGCGCUUUCUCCCGUUCGCCAGAGACGCAUUGAACACAAAAUUCAGCCAGGAGAGACACUGCAAGGCCUCGCCCUGAAAUAUGGAGUGUCUAUGGAGCAAAUCAAAAGAGCGAACAGGCUGUACACCAAUGACUCAAUAUUCCUGAAGAAAUCUUUGUCAAUCCCUGUGCUGUCAAACUUGGAUGACUGCAGUAACAGGGUGGAUUUGGCUGAAGAGGAGAGUGGAAAAGACAAUUCUGGCUGUGCUCCUGCUCAAAAUGGGCACUCAGAGAGCUCCUCUGGGAAUAUGGAAGAUGAUGGCAAAGGAAGGGCAUCAGACCUUAGUCCAGUGGAUUUUUUGAAAAGACUGGAUGACUUGAUAAACCAGUCCAAGCAGGCUGCUGCGAAAGGAUGCCAGGAUGCAGAGAAAAGGGUUGCCGCCCUAGAAGCAGCUUGCACCAGCAGGACAUCAGACUGGCGGCCUCUUACAAGGUCGCAGAGUGUCAUUUCAUCUUCCAGAAUGCAGCAGCAGGCAGCACAUAGGGCAGUACCGCUCACAGUCACCAAACUCACCAAGAAACUGAGAGACAGGGAAGAUGAGAUCUUUGAGCUGUGACAUGUUGUUGUUUUUUUUUUCUGCUUUCUCACUUUGAUCAUUAAAAAAAACUUCCCCAGAAAGAGGAUUGGCCUCCCAGACAAUAGAGCAUUACAGACAAAGGAAUAGAUUUCUUGUGAUCCCACUGCUGCUGUAUGAACUUUGAAGCUUAAAAGUCUUUUCAUAAUGCCAUCGAAUAGAGAUCUUGUCAUGGGAAGUUAGAGUCUUUAAAGAAGUCUUUUUAAAUGAAUAUUCCAUUCUUGUAGCCUCAUUAUUUAUUUGUUGAGAUAUAGUGUAGGUUAGGAAAGUCUUCAUAUGACCCACAGCUGUGUUUUCACAUGCAGGAAAUCAGAGCAUGAAAUGUUAAAAAUGGGAAUUUGCAGUCACAUGUUGGUUUGGUCAUAUGACUGUUCGUAUGGUCAACUCAACACGUGGCUGUGUGUAGUGCUACCUCACAGCCUCAUAAUACAAAGUUUUUCUGACUAAAACCUUUGGUAUGUGAAGUACAUGAAUCACGUUCACUGUAAAAUUAUGAGCACAAAAGUGGAUCUUUGUCUGUCCCUGCUGAAGACUUUAAAUUCUGAUGUAGCCAAAGUUAACUGAAAAAGAAAGAAAAAGAGACGUGUUUUUAGAAUAUAUUUUGACAGCAGUAUUUUUAUUGUUUGUUAUGGACACAUUUUUGAAUCAUUUAAGUUUUGUAUAGUUCAUUUUAAAAUAAAAGUUUUGAUCCCA